CGCUGAUGAGCAACAUGCGCAAGUUGUGACGGAUGCAGGGGCGAUUCCUUUAUUGGUCAUGUUGUUGAGCAAGAACGAUGCUUGUAUUAUAGAACACGCCGUCUGUGCAUUGAUUAAUAUUGCCGGUGAAAAUAAUUACUUUCGAUAUCUCGUUUUGAAUGCCGGAGCCGUUGGCUCCUUGUUAAAUGUUCUCGGUAAAGAACAAGACGGCUUUUUAUUUCGUACACUGGUUUGGGCCCUUGCGACCUUUUGCUCUGGGGAAAUGGUUUCGGAACUAGAUUGGUAUCUGGUCGCUCCGGCACUUCACAUGUUAUCGAGUUUUCUAAAUUCGGAGGAUGAAAUAAUUCUCGAGCGAGUUUGUUGGACUUUGGGUUCCCUGGCCGAAGGGAGCGUUCAACAAAUUCAGAGAAUCAUGGAAUUAGGAGUGUGCCCUAACCUGGUACGAUUAAUGGAUCAUCCAUCUAGGGAAGUAAAGAUUGCAGCAAUACGAUGUGUCACGAACAUGAUUACCGGCGAUGACUUUCAAACUCAAGUGGUCAUCAACUGUAGAGCUUUGCAAGUCUUGCGUAGCCUACUUUUGAGCGAGAAUGACGAUUAUAUUAGAAGAGAGGCAUGCUUACAUCUUUCGAACAUCACCGCGGGCACC